GUUUGUUGCAAUUGUUCUCAUCAAAAUGAGGUUCUCAUUAUUAUUUGUGUUUGUUAUUGUCGUUGGAACAUAUUGUUAUAAUUUUUCUGAGGCUAGAGAGCCUGUAUGUUCUAAAUUUGCAUAUGAAGAACAGCUUUUAGAGAAAAUGAUAAGGACUGAAAUUAAGGUAGAAACAAUGGUGAAUGAAAAUAAGAAAACUGAGGAUAAUGUCAUCCGUACAUUAAGCGAUAUUAAACAAGCAGUUGCUGACUUUACGGACAUGUUUGCAGAUAUGAGAGGGAACAUAUCGGAUGAGAUGUUAAAGAGAAAUGACGAGAUAGAUAGGAGAGAAGGAUCCUUGAAGAAAUUAUUUGAGGAAACAAGAACGAACCUCACGAGUGACAUGGAAGCUAAAAGAGAAGAACUUACUCAACAACAAGAAUCCUUCAAGAAAUUAUUUGAGGAGACCAGAACCAACCUCACGAGUGACAUGGAAGCUAAAAGAGAAGAACUUACUCAACUUCAAGGAAAACUUGAACGACCUCCGAUUGCUUUCCAUGCACAUCAAGUAAAAGAUUUGGUUCUUGAUACUCCAGAUGAGAUUGUUAUAUUUUCGAAAAGUGUGAUUAACGAAGGAACAGGCUACGACACUUCUACAGGAAUAUUUACAGCACCCGUACGAGGACUGUAUCAGUUUUCUGUUCAUACCUGUGUUUAUUAUGGAAAAUUUGCAUAUAUUGGUCUGGUGUUGGAAGGUAAAGUUAUUGCAGCAGAUAUGAACUAUGAUAAUGAUCAAUACACGUGUAGUGCUUUUGGAGCAAUAGCGAGGGUAAAAUCGGGAGAAAAAGUUUGGGUCAAAUCAACAGCAUCAAGUUCCAACUACCAGCUUUACCAAGACAUAUCAACAUUGAUGUUCUCGGCUAGUACAAUCAAAUUGAAUAAUGUUUAUGACGUAAUUGAUAUUGAACGUUUGGAACAAAAUGGCGAAUAUGACGUCACACAAACAUACGCUAGAAUAGAUAUUGACCCUAACUCUAGUUUCACCCUUGAGUAUCUUGUGUUUGGUAUAGAACUAAGUCGAAAAUACUCCUACUACUUGAUUAAUAUCGUGCUUCCAGUUUUCUUCAUGCAGCUGCUUGGUCUAGUAGUAUUUGCUGUUCCGACAGAUUCCGGCGAGAAGUUGUCUUUCGCUUUGACGUUGUUGUUGUCAUUGACAGUUAUGAUGACCUUGGUAGCGGAGAAGAUACCGACAACGUCAUUACAGAUACCGUUUCAAAAAUACACGCCGUGUUUGCCAUUUUGUCAAACACCUGUAAUUCCCAGGGAGAGAAAUAUGUAUACAAUACGGAGAUUCUUACGAGAGGCAGUUUCAUCUAGUGGCCUGCGCUCAUCAAAGAUUGUUUUGAUACACAGCGGAAUCAACUGA